UUCAAAGUUCAUGUACGAACUUCUUGCUCAGCACACACGGUCUAUGAAUGAAGCUUAAAUUAAAAAAAAGACUUUCAGAAAAUAUAAGUUUUAAUGGAAGUUGACAAAAGCUAACAGCUUCUAAACUGUUCUCUGCUGCAGAAGCACUCCUCUAAAAGCUACUUCACAUCUCAGCCUGGCCCCUCAAAAAAACAGGCUUGCAGAUAAAAACCAAAGACAAUGGCAGACAGCAAUGAGAUGACAAUCAACCUUGUCGUCCUUGGAAGAACUCAAACUGGCAAAAGUGCUGCUGGGAACAGCCUGCUAGGCAGCUUGGACUUCGAAAGUCAUCUCUCCCCAAGCUCAGUGACCACCUGUUGCAGUCUUGGGCACAGCUGCCGUAUUUCGGGGAUUACACGAAGAAAUGGCUGUGAGCUGGCUCUCCGCGUUCGGGUACUUGACACUCCAAGCUACCCUCACAGCAGCCUGAGCAAAGAGCAGGUGAAACACACAGUAAGAUCCGGCCUGGCUCACCACUUCAGGGAGGAAGGUCUGCAUCUUGCUCUUCUAGUCCUGAGGGCUGACUUGCCUCUGUGUCCAGAUGAAAAUGAUCAAACAAUUCAGUUCAUCCAGGUAAGAAAUAAAUAGAAGUUUCUACUGUAAUGGCAACUCCUUUUGUCUCUGGUUCAAAGUAACUAUGGAGGCACUGACUGCAGAUAUGAAUUAGAGAAGUGCAGCUAAAAACUGGAACACCCUCCAGUCCACCAGCUGAAAUACAUAAUUACAUUCAUAGAUCUAACACUGUACACCAUCAUCACACAUACCAUGUUGAACCGAGAAAAGAAAAGCAAGAACUGCUAUGCUGUCGUUGGAUUCAACACUAGAGACUUCUGGAAUCAAAUUCACCUAGCAAAGCAAGCUUCUCUCACAGAAAUUAGUCAAAGGUUUACUAUGACACUUCUAGGUUGUUGGAGAGACGUGCUAUUUGAAGUAAAAAUUUGGUUGCUUCACUCUCCUGUGGUCUGCAUAGGACAGAGCACAGCCAAAGCAGAGAAUAAUAGGUCCAAAAAUCAUACAGAAAAUCACUAUAACUAAUGCUGUUAUCUAUUCAAGGGGAAAAAAAAAAAUUA